CUCUAUGAGACAAUGAUAAUGGCCGUUGAUAGUAAAGGGGAGGCGACAACGUGAUUGCGUUGUGGCACGGCGGACCGGAGGCGAUUCCUUAUUCAGGCGUAGACGGUCGUCAGAAAGGGGCGGCUAUGGCUCCUCCCGAAGUGGAAUCGGAAUCGCCGAUUGUUGAAGCGGGGGAGUCGAUGUCGAUCCCUCCUCAAGCCCAUGACUCACCGAUUUCCACCAUUCUCAUCGUCAUCGCUAUGCAGACUGAAGCGCUUCCCCUUGUGAAUAAGUUCCAGCUCAGAGACGAUGUCGAUUCCGUGUUCCCAAAAGGAGUUCCUUGGGUUCGGUAUUAUGGCACUUACAAAGAUCUGAAAAUUAAUAUAAUCUGGCCUGGAAAAGAUACAGUUUUAGGAGUUGACAGUGUAGGUACAGUUUCUGCAUCUCUUGUGACCUAUGCUUCAAUACAAGCACUGCAACCAGACCUUAUCAUAAAUGCUGGCACUUCUGGUGGCUUCAAGGCCAAAGGAGCUGGUAUAGGUGAUGUUUUUCUUGCAUCAGAUGUUGCCUUCCAUGACAGAAGGAUACCUAUCCCUGUUUUUGAUUUGUAUGGAGUUGGUUCUCGGCAGGCUUUCUCCACACCCAAUCUCUUGAAGACGCUUAAUCCAAAGGUGGGUAAACUAUCUACUGGCGACUCUUUAGACAUGUCUCCGCAGGAUGAGGCAUCCAUUAUUUCAAACGAUGCAGUAGUUAAAGACAUGGAAGGAGCAGCAAUUGCUUACGUGGCAGAUCUUCUGAAGGUCCCGGCAAUAUUCGUUAAAGCCGUAACUGACAUUGUGGACGGUGAGAAACCGGCGGCAGAGGAAUUUCUGCAGAAUCUUGCAGCUGUGACUGCUGCACUUGAUGAAGCAGUCACUCAAAUAGUUGAUUUCAUCAGCGGGAAACGCCUCUCCCAACUUUGAUGUAUCUUUACCGCUUGCAGUUGUUUUGUUUGUGUGGAGACCGGAGAGAAGAUGUAAAAUGUUUUAAGCGCUUUAACAUCAUUUUAUUCGACGUAAAUCGAAUUUAUAUCUAAUACAGAGAGCUGCCCUUACCCUUGUUUCC